AGAAUUUAAAACAACUAGCCAGCUCUUGUUGGAGUUUUGAAUAAAAAUAUAACCUUCCACCAAAUCAAACACUUCUAAGAGGUUCGCUUCUAAAAUGUCAGGGCCACACAGACGAGCGCCUUCCCACGAAGAGAAUUAUAGAGAUACAAUGUUGAAGUAUUUCAGAGAGAGCAAGCCUCGCUCCGCCCCCAAAGCACCAGAGGAAUCGUGGAAAUCUCUUCAGCUGCUGACACCAAUUUAUAAGAAGGUUAGGAUUGUAACAAAAGAUAAUAUCCCAUAUAACCAAAGCAUUGAGAAAACAACGGAGAGCAUCGUCAAUGAUAUGUUUGAAAAAGUUCCAUGCCACGAAAAUGUGAAAGGGAAGCCAUCAGAUUCAACCGUUUUUCUCAUCAUCACAGACACGGAUACAAAGAAUCCACAUGAGACUUCAUAUGACGCCACAAAUCAAAGAAACAGUGACGAUAGACUAAUGUAUAAAUAUCUGGUUGAAGUCAUCUCUAAACUAGACUCGCUGGAGAAGAUUUUUGAACGAUGCCGUGGGGUGCCCAUAGGCCAGGCAGAGGUGUUCCCAGGUGGGGACUCUCAGCAGGACGGGGUGGAACCUGACCCGUAUCAAAACAGCAGAGAGAAGAAAGAAAUUCGCCCAAUCGUCAUAGAAGUAGGGACUGAAUUCUCCGAAGAUAAAACAGAUGGAAAGCUCAUCAACAGUGCUUUUGGAAAGGGGAAAUCUAAAAUUCUUCGGAGCCUUUCGGACGAUACUUACACCAUCUGCACCCCUGAAGACUGGAAACAUAAGGUCCAGUCUUUUACUGAAAGACUCAAAUAUCAGCUUGCCCUGGUCAUGACGGAAAGAGACUUGAACUCUUCUGUACUCGUGUUCGAGCAUUCUAAAGAGGCUGAUUAUUUAAGAACAACUUUUGAGACUAUUUCUAAUGAUGAACCAAUCCCAGACACCACCGCCGAAGCUCCUAUAACUGUAACCGUCAACGGCGAGUCGGUUCAGGCGGACGUCCACCCGUCGUCCUGUCGAGGCAACCAGGCUGAGAUGCUGCAGCAGAUUUUGAAAGCUGUCAUCAGAGCAAUUAUGUCAAAACAAUUUAGGAACCCAGAUGUUUCGCGGUGGGAGGAAAAGCUUGUUUGUCUUUGUUUACUCCUGGACGAGCUUAACGUGGCCAUCGAUGAAGGUUUAAUGCCCAGAGCGAUCGAAAUUUUUUUAGAUAAAAAAGAGGAACAGAAAGUUACGAUUGUUGAUGAAAUUCUGAAGUUUGAAAAAUAUGUAGACAGUAAAGACUUCGUGCAGAGGUUGUAUUUAACAUCCAUUUUGAAGAGAGACAUGGAAUGUGCUAUUUUUCUUUGGAUGAAGCUUGAGGGUCACAUUCCUGGAGCUUUGCUAGCUGCUGGUUACAAUUAUCAAAGGUUUCAGAAACAAAAAGAUGAGAGUGACAAAGAGUACGAAGAGCAAAAAGAUGAGGACAGUUACGAGAAUGAUUUUCAGUUUUUUACCCACCUUGCUAAGCAAGCGAUCAACAAAUGCUAUGACAACAACAAGGCCUUGACCGUGGACUUCAUUGGCCGGAAGUUCGUUAAGUGGGGCAACAAGAGCUGCUACGACCUGGCCGUAGACUCGGCCAACAGGAAGAUUCUAGAGCUGGAGGCGGUUCACGACCUGAGUAAGAGAGUCUGGAAGGAAGGGGAGGCGUGGAACAAACAGAUAGCUGCUAAAGAGGAAAAGAGCAAAUAUAAAAUGCUAACAAAUAAGCUGUCCACCCCAAAAUUCAAGUUUUACAUCGAUUUCCUGUUCAACUUCCUGUUUCUGAACAUCUACGGCCUGAUGUUGAUGUUGUGGCUGGAUGAGAAGACACUCCACAUCACCGAGUCUCUGGUGCUGGUAUGGAAGGUCUGCAACGGCAUCUCAUUGCAUUACUUGAUCGCAGUCUCACGUAACAGCUUCUACAAAUACCCCUCCAAAGAAUUCAAAAUUAUGGGGUUCAUAACACUGGUCUUGUACACACUGGCGACACUACUGCGCGCCCUCGCACUUCUGCCAUCCAGCGACAGCAACCUGAUGCCAUUGUCCAGGCUGAUCUACAGCUACGACUUUGUAGUCUGCACGGUCGAGAUGUUGAAAUAUUGCUACGGCUCGCCUAACUUAGGAAAGGUCCUGGCAAUGAUGUAUUCAAUGACCAAAGAUAUGGUGUAUGUUCUCAUCGUCGUGGCUGCCUUCUUCGCGUCCUUUGCCGUGGCGUCAAGAUCCGUGAUGAACCCACAAGGCACUCUCAACGUCUGGUGUAUCUUUAGGAUAGCCUUCUGGAGCACGUUUGGGGAGAUGGACUACGAGGAGUAUUAUCCUGGAGAACCAAUGUGUAAGAACGGUUCUCACAUUCCCUUUGUGGAGAGAACUUCAAAGUACAUGAUGUUGUUGUUAUACGGGAUCUUCGUGAUCAUCGUUAACCUUAUGCUUGUCAACUUGCUGAUCGCAAAGUUCAACUCGUCUAUAGAAGAAAUCGACAAAAACUCCAAGAAACUCUGGACCAACGCCAGCAUAGCCCUGGCUUGGACGUACUCCAACAACUGGCACUUCCCCCCUCCAUUCACUGGCCUCACUUUCCUCAAAAAGAUUUUGUUCACGGACAAGAAAAACAUAUUCGCCACGAACAUACCGGGGAAAGACAAGGGAGAGUAUGAUUCAAUCUAUUUUACAUUUGAACGCGAUUCUCUUCAUACAUUCUUUGAGGAUCUGAAACAAGAAGAAAUACUCAAUAAGAUGAAUCCAGCAACCAAAUGGACUGUUAAAAUACACGAGGCUUACAGUAAUUAUCUACAGAAAAUGUUUGAUGAGGUCGAUCACCUCGACAGCCAUGAAAACGAAUCGAUGAGAUUGUCUAGAGCUCCGAGUGUUAACACAAGACCUAGUAGAAACAGUCACUACCAAAAGAAAGACAACACGUUGGUCAAAGGGACACUUGGUCUUGUCCCAGAGUUAGGUGCUGAAGGUCCAUCGCUGAACAGAUUCUCGCGUAUACUGUUGAGGAACAAACAAAAGAAAAAGUAAAACGAAACAAGGUGGAUUGCAAUCUCACUGAUGUAUUAAGCUUAUAUUUUCUAUAUAAGUUGUAUGCUUUUCUAUUUCUUCUGGAAGGGGGAGGUAGUAGAGGGAUGGUGGGUGUGCUCUAGAUGGCAUUGUCUUCCCCCCAAAAAUGCCUGAAAGAAACUGCGUGAAAAUAUCGUAAAUAAAAUAGAAACAGCAAAGGCAAUAUGCAGCUUUGUUUAUUGAUAUGCGUUAAGUGAAUUUUCAUUUACUUAUUGUCUGCAUAAUUAAUUUAAAAUAAUUUUCCUGUGUUUUUAAAGUUUAUACAUACCAUAUAUUUUAAUCUUGGUUCUUGUUUUUAAAACGGCAAAAUUUGUAUUUUAAUUAGAGCAAUCAGACAAGUUUACCUUUCUUUUUUUAAGAAGAUAUGUACAAUG